CGGUGCUGGGCAAUGCGCUGGUCAUGCUCGCCUUCGUGGCCGACUCGAGCCUCCGCACCCAGAACAACUUCUUCCUGCUCAACCUCGCCAUCUCCGACUUCCUCGUGGGUGCCUUCUGCAUCCCGCUGUAUGUGCCCUAUGUGCUGACCGGCCGCUGGACCUUCGGCCGAGGCCUCUGCAAGCUGUGGCUGGUGGUGGACUACCUGCUGUGCACGUCCUCAGUGUUCAACAUCGUGCUCAUCAGCUAUGACCGCUUCCUGUCAGUCACCCGCGCUGUCUCAUACCGGGCCCAGCAGGGCGACACGCGGAGGGCAGUGCGCAAGAUGCUGCUGGUGUGGGUGCUGGCCUUUCUGCUGUAUGGGCCGGCCAUCCUGAGCUGGGAGUACUUGUCCGGGGGCAGCUCCAUCCCCGAGGGUCACUGCUAUGCUGAGUUCUUCUACAACUGGUACUUCCUCAUCACGGCCUCCACACUGGAGUUUUUCACACCCUUUCUUAGUGUCACCUUCUUCAAUCUCAGCAUCUACCUGAACAUCCAGAGACGCACGCGCCUGCGGCUAGACGGGGUCCGCGACACUGGCCCCGAGCAUCCACCAGAGGCCCAACCCUCGCCAACACCACCUCCGCCACCGCCGCCACCUGGCUGUUGGGGCUGCUGGCGGAGGGGCCAUGGGGAGGCCAUGCCUCUGCACAGGGACAAGAAGGUGGCCAAGUCACUGGCCGUCAUCGUGAGCAUCUUCGGGCUCUGCUGGGCCCCAUACACGCUGCUGAUGAUCAUCCGGGCCGCCUGCCAUGGCCACUGCGUGCCUGACUACUGGUACGAGACGUCCUUCUGGCUGUUGUGGGCCAACUCGGCUGUCAACCCCAUCCUCUAUCCACUGUGCCACCACAGCUUCCGACGGGCCUUCACCAAGCUGCUCUGCCCCCAGCGGCUCAAGAUCCAACCCCACAGCUCCCUGGAGCAGUGCUGGAAGUGAGCACCACAGCCAUGUCCUACCCAGCUUGUCCUGCAGGUGGGCCUGCCUUGUCUGUGGCCCUCCCCAAUUGCCAGGCCGGCCUCUCUCAGACCAUCUGCCCUGCCAUGAAGAAGGCUUGCUUGCCUGGAGGGGCCCUUGCUGGCUGGCCUGGAGCUGGGUGGCUGGCCCUGCCCCUGCAUCCUGGCUCCACCCAGUUCGGAUAAUCCGGGGUCCUGGCUGUGCUGUCCACUGUCCUGGACAGUGCAGCAACUGGUGGUGUCUGCUGUUUGCAGUCAGUGGUUGAUGUUUCUCCAUAGCAGACACUCAGUGUGUGCUCUGGCUCCUGACCCAGUCACUGCUUCUGCUCGUGCACACAGCCGCACACAUCUGCACACAUCUGUGCACACCUGCACACAGUCACACACAGCUAGUUGCUGCACACACCCACACAACCUGUACAUGGCUUCACACAGCUGCAAAUACCUGCACACCUUCCUAUACAUACCUACACACAGCCACACACAGCUGUGAACACCCACACACCUUCCUAUAUACAGCUGCACAUAUCUGCUCACACCUGCACACAGCUGUAUACACCUGUGCACACUCGCACACAGCUGCACACAC